GGGAAGAUGCUAGAACAUGGCUCCUGAUUCUGUGACUUUGAGCUUCAUAGAGGAACUGAAACACUCCUCUAUAAAAAGGUGGAGUGGUUCUAAAUUUCUGGCGGUCAGUGGGAACCGAGGAGCAGCGGAUUCAGCCCAAAGAGGCUCAAGGCUGAGCCAUGGGAGGGGCCAGCGAAGGGGGCGGGAACUGAACCCCGGCGGACUUGUACAGUGUGCGGCGCCGGCUGCUCAGAGCGGAGCCAUGAGCUGGACCUGCCCGCGUUGCCAGCAACCCGUUUUCUUUGCAGAGAAGGUGAGCUCCCUGGGCAAGAACUGGCACCCAUUCUGUCUGAAAUGUGAGCACUGCCACAGCGUCCUGUCCCCAGGAGGGCAUGCAGAGCACAACGGAAGGCCGUAUUGCCACAAGCCAUGCUAUGGGGCUCUCUUUGGACCCAGGGGGGUGAACAUUGGUGGUGUGGGCUCCUACCUCUACAAACCCCGCACUCCCACCCCUGCCAGCGCUACUCCCCUUAGCCCCAGCAGUUUCAGCCCCCCCAGGCCCAGGACUGGCCUCCCCCAGGUCAAGAAAAGCCCUCCCCACAUGAAGACGUUCACUGGGGAGACCUCGCUGUGCCCUGGCUGUAAGGAACCCGUCUAUUUCGCUGAGAAGGUGAUGUCUUUGGGCAGAAAUUGGCACCGACCCUGUCUGAGGUGCCAGCGGUGCCGGAAGACCCUGACUGCUGGGAGUCACGCUGAGCAUGACGGCGUCCCCUACUGCCACAUCCCCUGCUAUGGCUACCUGUUUGGCCCCAAAGGUGUGAACAUUGGUGAUGUGGGCUGCUACAUCUAUGACCCCGUGGAGAUCAAAUGAGAUGCUGAUAGCAGAGGUCAUCCUAACUCAGGCCUCCCAUCAUCCUCUCCAUGGUCCAAUGGAAGCUACAGAAUUCUCUAGUCCCAUGAGGGUGGGAGAAGGUGGGAUUCUGGCGGCCUGGGCCUAGGCUCCUUGGUAGACCAGAGUCUAGACUUUCUCUGCCAACUCCUCCCUUUCCCAUUCCUAUCUGGUCAGGGGACAUAGGCCACCCCAUUUGAAGGUUAGUGUCUUGGUCUUCCCAAUCCCU